GUGUGUGCGGAAACUGACAGGUAGACAGCUGCUAUGCUAUGCAGCGAUCAGAUUUUGUAAAUAUGAGGUUCGCACUGAACAACGAGCUGUCUUGUGAGUCGGGCCCACAGUUAACCUACCUUGUGAACGUGGGCUAAGAGGCAGUAGGGAGAAAAAACAGUAAUUUCUACUGUCAGCUUGCCGGGAAAGACGACAGCACCAGCCGGCUUCCGGGGAUUCAGGGGGCCGCAUCGGUUGACGGCAGACGUCGGUCGGUAACUAGGGGGGGAAAGUGGCGAACCACAUCAUCGCCUACAUCAACCUCUUAUAUUUCAGCGGUUCUCGAUAUGUCGAGAAAGCUUCUAAGGACAGAAGUCUGUGCUGACUGCAGUGCGCCAGAUCCUGGCUGGACCAGUAUCAACAGAGGGGUCCUGAUAUGUGAUGAAUGCUGUUCUGUCCACCGCAGCUUAGGCCGGCACAUUUCCAUAGUCAAGCAUCUGAGGCACAGUGGAUGGCCUCCUGCACUACUUCAGAUGGUCCAGACUUUGGCUAGUAAUGGGGCCAACUCCAUAUGGGAACACAGUCUCCUGGACCCUGCUCAGGUGCAAAGUGGGCGCAGGAAACCUAACCCCCAGGACAAAGUCCACCCAACCAAGUCAGAGUUCAUCAGAGCCAAAUACCAGAUGCUGGCAUUUGUGCACAAGCUGCCCUGUCGAGAAGAUGAUGGUGUAACUACUAAGGACCUCAGUAAGCAACUCCACUCCAGUGUGCGGACAGGGAGUUUAGAGACGUGCCUUCGGCUCCUAUCCCUUGGAGCUCAAGCCAACUUCUUCCAUCCGGAAAAGGGCACUACACCGCUCCAUGUGGCAGCAAAGGCAGGCCAGAUCCUGCAAGCUGAACUGCUAGUAGUGUAUGGCGCUGAUCCUGGAGCGCCUGACAUUAAUGGUCGCACACCUAUGGACUAUGCAAGGCAGGCGGGCCAUAUAGAGCUAGCAGAAAGGCUAGUAGAGUGUCAGUAUGAACUGACAGACAGACUCGCAUUCUACCUUUGUGGACGUCGACCAGAUCACAAAAAUGGCCAUUAUAUCAUUCCUCAAAUGGCAGACAGAGCUCGUCCUAAGUGUCCAACUCAGAGUCUUGACCUCUCAGAGUUGGCCAAAGCUGCAAAGAAGAAACUCCAGGCGCUUAACAAUCGACUGUUUGAGGAGCUUGCAAUGGAUGUCUACGAUGAGGUGGAUCGCAGAGAAAAUGAUGCAGUGUGGCUCACAACACAGAACCAUAGCACGCUGGUUACAGAACGCAGUGCAGUGCCCUUCCUACCUGUCAAUCCUGAAUACUCUGCCACACGCAACCAGGGCCGUCAGAAGCUGGCACGCUUCAAUGCUCGGGAGUUUGCCACGCUCAUCAUUGACAUCCUGAGUGAUGCCAAAAGAAGACAACAGGGGAAAGGUCUCAGCAGCCCUACAGACCCGCUGGAUCUUGGAAUUGACGACGACCAACAUGACUACGACAGUGUAGCAUCUGAUGAAGAUACAGACAGUGAGCUGACAGCCCAGAACAACAACAACACACAACGCAGCAACCGUGCCAAGAGUAUGGACUCGUCAGACUUGUCAGAUGGUCCUAUUACCCUGCAGGAGUACCUCGAGGUAAAGAAGGCACUGGCCUCCUCAGAAGCGAAGGUACAGCAGUUGAUGAAGGUCAACAACAACCUGAGUGAGGAACUCCGACGGCUUCAAAAAGAGAUCACACGGACGCAGACUGAGAACAGCGUGCUGCGGGGGUGCCAGCAGGCUGGGGGAGCAGCUGGCUAUGGGGUAGGGGGUCCUGGUGGAGGAGGUGUGGUAGGAGGACACUGGCAAGGGAUUGGGGGGAGAGGGGGAAUAGAUGGAGGGGCUCUGGGUGGGUUUGGGUCAGGAGUGGAGCCCCCUGUACUUUCUGUACCCUCCUCGGCCUUCUCCCACUCCUAUCACCACCGGAGGGACCGGCAGGCAUUCUCAAUGUACGAGCCAGGGGCGGCCCCCAACCCCACGGCCCAAGGUCCCCCAGCCCUGGACUCCCUGGCAGCCUGCCUGCAGCCCCUCAACACACCCAGCAUAAGAAAGGGUAGCAUCGGAGGUCCAAUGCCGUAUGGAGGCCAGCAUCUAUCCGGAUCUACAGAGAUGGGGAGAUACAUGGUCCCAAAACUGGAAAAGCAUAGCAGUGGCACCGACAGUGACUAUGACAACACACAAAUGUACGAACUUUCAUUCAGUAUGGGCCGCAGCAGUGAGGAGGAAGGUCGUGGGGAAUCUGAGGAGGGUGGAAGUGGAGAGGUGGGCGAGCCAGAUCCCACCCUGCCCUGCACAGAGGAUGUCAUACUGAAGACUGAACAGGUGACCAAGAAUAUCCAGGAGCUGCUAAGGGCUGCCCAGGAGUUCCAACACGACAGCUUUGUCCCAUGUUCAGAGAAGAUCCAUUCCGCAGUCACAGAGAUGGCCUCACUCUUCCCUAAACGCCCAGCACUAGAAGCAGUCCACUGCUCCCUACGCCUCUUGGCUUCCAGUGCCUCACGGCUGCAGCUGGAAUGCCGUAAAGCUGCUCCGUCAGAUCCUGGGGCACCUGCAGUAGAUUACCAACUUCUUACUCAGCAGGUCAUCCAGUGCGCCUACGACAUCGCCAAGGCAGCCAAGCAACUGGUCACCAUCACCACUCGUGAAAAGAAACAGUGAUGCAUCAAGUCCGGAUUCAGACAAAGUUAUUUAUCCCAAAGGGAUGCACAUGUGGAGAAAAAAAGAGAGAAUGGAUUAAUGCAUGAGCGCGAUAAGUGGGAUGGGAGGGGUUUAAGGUAAGGAAGGAGUAAGGAUAUUUCACUGACAAAAUAUAACUAGUAGGAACAAAGAAGAGAGAGUGAACGAAAGAAUGAUGGGCCCAAUCAAACAAGGAAUGUUAGGAAUAUGCAUGGAAACGAAAUCAGAUGGAAAGCACGUGAGUUGAGUUUUUUACAACAUAGAGAGGAGGAAAAGUUUCCACGAGUGUGAGGGUGAAAGUAGGGAAGGACGAGUGGAAGAAUCCGAUGGCUUGCUGCAACCUAAACAGACUGUGGGGAUCAGAUAUGUAUAAUAAUACGCUUAAACUGUGAUAAGCAUACAUGGAAUAUAAAUACAAUGUUGAUACAAAGUGAACUGGAUUUUAAGAUGUGACCGCUUUAUUUAUUCUCACCUGCCACUCGUCAGCCCUCCCUCCUCCUGAGCUGUUUGUCCUAGAGAGGGAGGUAGUGUAUGGCAUGAGAAAGGAAUAGAUGGACCAACCAUGACAUACUCCACACCGCCUCAUCCCUUCGUCCAGUGAGAAGAAAGGAUAUUUUCCCUCUCCUUUCUUUCUGCCAUGCUCCUCCUACUACAUCUCUUGCCAACCAUGACUCCUCCCCCACUCUCUCUCUUAUUAGAUCUCAUGAUGAUGAUGAGUUAGCAGUCCAGAGUAAGACUUCUGUGACCCAUCCGUCCAUCUCAACAACCCAAACGAAUGCAGGGACAUUAGCUUCUCUUUGAUCUGCCAUACAAUGACCCAAUGUUGUUGUUGGUACACAGCAUGAUCUAGCAUGUUUUUUCGUUUUGUUUUGUUUUGUUUUUUUACUUUGAAUAUGCAGACUGGUUUGGUCUGCACCUCUGGGGAGAAAAUUGAUUUACACAAACAAAACACACUGGAGUUAUUGUGAGGAUAAUGAGUAUGCCUGUUAAUUUUUUUGUAUUGAUAGUUUUACGGACUCUACUUUUGAUUUCUCUAUCAUGUCUGUUUAUUUUAUUGUCUCCAAUAUGAAUCUCAUUGACAGAAAUUGGGAGAAAGUUGUUGAAAAUGUACACAACCUCUUACUGAGAUUUAAUUAACUUGCACAAAUAUACACGUAGAGAUGUAACCUGUGAAUGGUCUUUUCAUGCACUACUUUUCUGAGCGACAGCCGAGUAUUUGUUUUUUCCACAUGCCGUGAUUUAUCUUGUGGCAGAGGAGUUGUACAGGUGCCAAAGAGGAAAGAAAGGAUCGAAGAGGAUUUUUCUUUUUUAUGCUUUUGAUUUUCCUUCCUGCUGUAACCCCUUGGUGCCUCGAUCAAGGACCUUGAUCAAACACUUUUCUCUUGUAUCCUCAGAUGUCUUCUUGGAUUAUCUUCUAAAUUGCCUCGUUUAACUGAACCAGUGGAAUCAUCUCAGAAUCAGUCUGUUAUUUAUUUGCUGUGCCAAGCAACAUAAUAAAUUUUGUCCAGUUUGCUAGUGAUGUUUAUCCUCCCUAGCUAUGCUAUAAAGUUUUUUUUUUUUUUUUUAACAUGUUAGCUCUUGUAUGUGUGCUUGUGUUAUACAAGCAGCCAUCAUUUGCAAGUAUGACAACUCCAUAAAGUUGAUACAAUAAAUUGUAUGUUACAGUUGAGAAAAAAUGAUUUUGCAACAUGAAGAGUGCUUGAUUAUGACUGCCAUGUAUCAAUGUUUGUUCAUAAGCUGCAUCAGGUGUGCUUGAGAAAUAAUGUAUCAAAUACCUGGGCUGGACAGGGAUGUGUUGAGUGACAUCUGACUGCAUGUUAUGAAUAUGGUAAAGUCAAGAGAACUGUCCAAAAAGUUAAGAGAAGAUAUCUAUGUCAGGCACAAACAAAGAAAAUGAUACAAAAGGGUGUAUCCCAAAGCAAGAUCAGAGGGAAAUCCAAGCCUGUUGAGCUUAAAGUCAGAGUGUAAUGAGCACAUUUAUAAUAAAUGCCUCAAGAAUGUGUGUCUGUUUCCAACAACAGCACCACUGUCUCUGUGUGGAGAUGCUGUAAACGUCAUAACAUAACUCCUGUUAAUGAUGCCAGGCAAAUUUAUCAUACAAGGAAUCUAUCAAAAAGGACCUGCUCAUUACUUGCGUGUCCCUGUAUGGCACUGCGCUACAUGGCACAGCACAGAAUCCUCUAAAGCCAAAUUGUUAAACAUGCAUAAUUGGCUGUAAUGGGAUCCACGGCAGUGUGACCUUUAAAUUCUUCUUUCAAGGCGUGAAUCAGUGAUUAAAUAUGAUUAAAAUUUUAUUAAUAACCCUACAGGCUGCAGUAGCAGCACCAGGCACUAAUAAAGGCAUCAAACAUUUUUAAAAAUAUGAAACUUACACUUACCUUUUUAAUGUGGUAUGUACUUGAAUGUAAUUGAGUGUUGCUGGUUAUUUCAGGUGCUAAAGUAGUCUGUCUUUAUGAGCUUCAUUCUAAGUAAGGUCCCAAGUGGACGGAAUUCACUAUUGUUGCGCAAUGCAACAUAAUAUUUAUUAUGUAUUUAUCUGUUUAAAAGCACACAGAACAUUACUUCACAUUCCCAGAUUCUGUCUGAAAACAGUUUCGGAGAGGCUUGCCCAGAGAAUUGGCUGGGCCCCUGAAAAACACAGAGAAUGGGCCCUCCUCAGUUGUGAUUUAUUGAUGAUAACAGUGCAUGUGUGUUGGAUUAGUAGCAUUGGUGCUAGCGUCCUGGCUAACAGGUAGCUCAUCUCGGAGCUGAAAAGUGUGUCAAGCUGUUAAUGGGUUCCGAUGUAGAAAUUAUUUAUAUGUGUCUCUUUGUAACCCCUUUUCUUUACUAUUUUGCUCAGUUAGGCAACUUUUCCCUCUUAUAGCCCACUUUUUUGCAGUGUCAACCUAUUCGGCCCCUUUUGCUCAUUUUUGCCUUUUCACUAGUUUUUCCAUCCAUUUUGCCCCUUUUUACAUUGUAGUAACCCGUUUUUUGCUACUUCCAAGUAAUUUGUGCCUCUUAUAACCCAUUUCUGCUACUCUUUUACCUCUUUUCACCAAUUUUCCCAUUAUUUCUUUCCACUUCUAACCCAUUUAGGCCAACUUUUACCCAUUUUUACAAUUAUUCAAAUACUUUUCCCUCAAAGUUGUUUCAGUUCCUUCUUUAUUUUCUAGCAUUACUACUAAGUGCAUGUCAUGGCCUAGCUAUGAAGUCUGAUAUAACUUUCAAAGUGGUUUAGUCAAUGUACCCAUCGACUUAGUUAACAUCACUAAAAAUGGCAAGAGGGGUUACAUUUGGCAAAGGCGAUAUUGUACUACUUUUUUGUUGUUUGUUGUUGCUUUGACUAGUGUUACUAUUUCAGUCAAAUAUAAAAUAUGGUUUUUCAUUAAUUAACUUUACAAUGGGCCUCAGAAACUUCAUGUUACUUUUAGCUUACUGAGUUUGAACUCCAAUUGUGAGAAAGCAUUCAGAACAAAGAUGGCUUUAAAAUAAACCUAUGAAGCCCUCUUAAGCUCUAAAGGUUGUUGUGCUGCAUUUAACAAAUGCAGUCAGACCUUCAUGGAGAAAUCACACUGCAAGCCCACCCAGGUUUAACUUGUGCCCCAACCUCUUCGUUGGUUGUGAUGCUGCUGUUUCACAGUCUUAGUGGCUGAAUUAGUGAGCAGUGCUUACAAUGAUCUGUUGGAAAACUAUGAGACAAGGCCAGACAAUGCAAUCAUUUUGUCUGUUACAAUUUUCAUAGUGUCAGUCUAGAUGACCACAGAGCCAUAAAUUUGUGCAACAGAUAUGCCAGACUACAUGGAGGUAGUGGAUCAGUUGUCAUAGCCAUGCGGUGACAUGGGGGGGGGGGGCUAGACAACACCCUGAAAAAAGACUGUAAAGAACAUACUGUAUUUACUGUAAUAUGUUUGUUUUCCAAAGAUAAUGAGAAGCUAGCUUGCAAUGCUAACAGUAGUUACUCACCAGGUUGCUGAAGCAGUCCCCCAUUUCUGUGGUGAUAUCGCUGCCAGAGCUUGACUGACUUUUCCAGUCAGCUUCGCCAUUCUUCUUCAUCUCUAUCAUUUGGUUUGUUUACACACGUGACUUUUGCACAUGUAGGGCGCUCUGUGUUUUCACUGGUCAACUUCACUGACAGAGACCCCUUGUUUAAAACUGAAUGCCUCUUGACUUUAACUCCUGUGAAGCUGAGUUACUGUGGUGUGUUGACUGGUUCGAACAGCAGCAUUUCUUACACAUGCAUAAGUGAAGCUCGUCCCUUUCAUCAUGACUGUCCUAAUUAACAGAAUAAAACAUUUUCUAUGAUGUCUGUUGGCCAAAGGAGGCUUCUGGAUCAAUGCAUCAAACUUUGAUCUGCACUCAGAGUCCACCCUAAUGCAUAUUUAAUUAUUUUAAUCUGAGUACACUGAAGUGUACCAUCUUGUGUAGCAAGAUUGUACUUUUUAACAAUCCUAUAAAAAUAGGAAGAUCACAGAGACAUAAAUUAGCAGCAUGACUUGACCAACAGACAUAAAGCUACAAGGAAGUACCCUUCCAGUUAUCACACCCAAUGUGAUGACAUUUAAAUGAAGAGGCAUGGAACAAGACAAUAGUUGAAAAGAUAACUGUUAGCAAACAUACUGUAUUUACUGUUUUAAACUGUAUUUAUUAAUGUUCCCAAGACAGUCCGGCUGCAGACCGUCCACCUGAGGCUCCACCUCUUUCAGAACGAAAGUGCCAUAAUUUGCCGGAACAACAUAUUCCAGGUUUUAGAUAUUUUUUAAAAAUUCAGCUUAAUUCAUAAACAAAGUCUGGCAGCUGACAUAGAUAUGCUAGCUAUGUAUUUAACUUUACUACAUAAGCCAGUGUAGCUAAGUUAGCAUGGGCUUUAGCAAACAUAGCUAAAGCUAACGUAGCUGCAUAAUUUAUGUAACUGCUUUGUGAGCUAAGCUUUAGCUACGUUAGCUACAUUAGUCACGUAGAGAGCAGUGGGGGGGGGGGGUAUGCUGGAAAGAAGGGCUGGAUACACUGAUCACAACCUUACCACCAGGCCAGCUGCACCCCAGUUUUUUUAUUUUUACUAUUAGUACCCUAACCAUGACCUUAAAUGUUACGCUAGACCUAAAAUUGAAUUAAACUUCCAUUUAUUUCUGAAGGUUCAGCAUGUGUUUCCAUUCUGAGAUAUAUGUUGUGUUAAAUGACAGGUCUGUGAGAGUGGCUGUCAGAGCUGAACAGUCUGCCGUCAGAACCUUUCUCAAAUGUUAUGAUGAAUGAUGUGCUAGCUUAAUGCUAACGCUAACUACAGUUACUCACCUGGUUGCUAAAGACUGUCGGCUGUUUCUUGGCAACAUAUAAAAGCAGGGAUGUUGUUAGAAGUCGACAAUCUGUCCUCCAUCUCUUAAACGUCACUGAUGUCAGAACAAAUUGUAGACCUUAGGACAAAAUUCAAACAUGCUAGAUUUUCUGUUUGGAGGUUCCAGAUGGGACCUUGAUUGUUGUUUACUAUGAUGUACUACACAAGAUAAAACAAUGUUUUCAAGUUGCUGGAUCUCAAAACCCUACAACUGUUGGAUUAGGUUAUAAUCAUGCAUAUAGUUUAACUUUGGAAUAUGUGGAUAUUCAGCAUUUUGUAUGUAAAAUGCAGCAUUUUCAAAGACUUGCCAGAUAAGGAAUGGCCUUGACCUUAGUCAAGUAGAAACAUGUUGUGCCUCCAGAGUGAAUGUAAAGCUUGACGUGGGUUCAUGUCCAACAUUGUUGUCAAUAGUCUCAGUUAAAGCAUGAAUUCUCUCCCUACAAAACCCAAAAUCUCAGUGUAUUGUUUGUAGCAAGCAGUGUACAACAACAAACAUUACAUUAACAUGAAGUCAGUUUUCCAUGUGUACAUAGACUUGUGACACAGUCACUGACAGUUACCUGUACAUUUACUCUGUUUUUCUUCACAGCUCAGCAUUUGGGAGAUAAGUGUCAGGAGAGUUAUCUUUUAAAAGAUUUUAAAAAAGUGUAAUAAAGUAGAGAAAACAACUAAAAGUUCGAUCGUAAUGGAAAGUCAUAAGCUGUACAUUUUUAA